AUGAAGGAGGAGGACCACGAUGUGGUCACCAUCAUCGACGGCGAUCUCAACAACGACGACAGCAGCAACAGCGCGGAAGAGGAGGAAGAAUGUAGCGACUGGGUGCUGCUGGGCCUGUGCCUGCUCAAUGCGUCGGCCUACCUGGGCAUGAUGCUGGCCAAGGCCUGGGCCGGCCUGUCCCACGACGCCACCGCGCUCGACUUCGCCUCGCCGCUCACGCCCGCCCCGUGGGUGGCCGCCCGCGUGUGGGACGCCAUCACCCUCGCGCUCCUCCUAGUCUUCCUCCUGUGGCCCUUCCUCCCAUGGCUCUCGCCGGCCCGCAAGCGCGACGUGGUCCGGGUCUCGCAGCCCUUUGUCCUGGCCUGCGCCAGCCACGCCAUGUGGAGCGUGCUGUGGUCCUACGGCUUCCUGGCCCUGAGCGCCCUGCUGUCGGCCACGGUGUGCGUCCAGCUGAUGGCCGCCAGCCUCGCGCUGGCCCGGUCGCCGCCGCUGUUCCGCCUGCCCUUCGGCCUCUGGCUCGGCUGGGAGGCCUUCGCCACGCUCAGUCAGGCUAGCGCGGCGCUCUACCACGAGGCGGGCCUGGCCUUCUUCGGCUCAGCGUGGUGGUCGGCGGCGGCCAUGCUGUCGCUGACGGCCGUGGCCUACACGUGGGGCUCUAUGGCCGACGACCCGUUCUUCUCGGCGGCCUUGGCGGCGGCCCUCUUCGGGGUGACCCAGCUGCACCACUCGCUCGUCGUCUCCCGCGUGGCCUACACCUGCUGCGUCGCCCUGACGGCCCACGCCCUCAUCGUCUGCCUCACCAACUUCGAUGCCGCUCGACGCGAGCAAGCGCCGGCCGAUGGCGACGACGAUGGCAGCGAUGAAGAUGCGUACGAAUGCGAAGAAGCUGCCCUCCUGCUGGCUGCUGGCGACGAAGAUGGAGGAGCGCAGCAGCAUCAGCAGCAGCCUCGCCUCGCCUCCGCGCCUCUGCUGUCGCUGCCGAUCGAAGACUCGCUGCCGCUAUACCCGACCACCCUCUACGUCGCGCGGCCCCCGAUGGCGGCCGCCGCCGAGGAGUUCGGGCAGUACCACCAGUACUACUACCCCAGCUACUCGGCCUACCAUCAUCCCGCCGCCGCCACAAUCGAGCCUGCCCGACGAACCCGCCAGCUACGCCGGCCGAGUUCAACCCGAGCUUCCCCGCCUUCUUCCCCUAUCCCUCUGCCCCACUCGCUCCCACCACGCAGUGAAGAAGCCUUCCUCCAGCAUUGCAUUCCACACACACCCACUUAUCAAUCAAUAUGUACAUACCAGCAUUCCGAACCAGCAUUCUUAGCAUACUUGUUGUUAUGUUAUUUGCACGGGUAG